AUGACAGCUGUGGCGUCCGAUCAUAUUGGUGGCGUUAUGCAAGGUAUGACGUAGAAAAAAGCGGUUCAUAUACCCUCCUCAAAUAAUGAGUCCUGCCCGUUCUUUCCAUUCGUGAGAUUGCCUUAUGAUAUGGGUUCUUUCAGUGGUUUAAUCCAAUUCUCGGAAGUUGACACCAUUUGCACAUUGUUUUCUAUCUACUUUUAAAAGGAAUUGCGAAUUUAUUUUAGAAAACGAAUCACAUCAAAAGUCAAGUGAAGAAGCUCUGACACAUUUGGAAGAGGUUAUCGCACAAGUCAUAUCCGAGGCUGUUGACUAUGCUGACAAGCCUCCUGAGGAACGUACCCUCCCCGCUCUCGUCAGGAAGUCCGUUACACAGGCUCGCAGUCGCCAGGCCGCAGCAAUGAAUAACUUCGGUAGGAUGAAUCCGUCUGUCCAUAGCAAUGGGUCGCACGUCCUCGGCCUCGGUCACGUGGGCGGCAACUUCAGCCAGGGAUUUAACCAAGGUGCAGGAACGAUUCAAAACGAUCCCCGUUUUGUCAACAAAAUUAGCUCCAAUCAAACUGCAAACAUGCUUUCCUUUGGCUCUGUCCAAAAUGCUGCCGCCCUCCAGCAGUCCCAACAACAGCUGAUGGCCCAAUACAAUGGUCUCCAACCCAAUCAAUAUCAUGUUCACCAGCAGUACGCGCAAGCUGCUCAACAGUUUCAGCUACAACAGCAGGCGCAGUCUCAGUACCAGGGCAACGCUACUGCAGCUUUCACACAUAUGCAACUCCAGCAACAGGUAAUACGUUUUCCUCUCCAGGCGAACCUUCGCUGUAUUUCUUCGGUUACUUCAGAUAAUACGUAGCAGAGCAUCCAAGUUCAUGAUGGUCAAGUCACAAUCACGUUUUGCAGACUCGACUAAAUUUUGCGUCUACCAAAUUGUUGCUAGUUCAAGCCUGACUUCCGUUAUGGGCUAACUAUUUGGAACUUAUUAACGGGUCCGUUCUGCUUAUUGAAACCUUUGUGUGGUUGUUCUCAGUACUUGCUAAUUUAUAAGUGAACGUUAUCAUGUUCGGUGUGUUCAAGCCGGUUUGCUUCUUUGGUGUUCUUGCUGUCCUGUGAGAUGUUCAGCAAAGUCGCAUUGUGUUAAUACCUUGCAAAGUGAUGCGACCGGAAUACGGCCUCCAUUAGUUUUUCGCCAAAUUAAGGUUUUUUUACGGCAAUCCAUUUUCCUGGAGAUUUUAUUCUAAACUAAUGAAAAAUUUUUGCUCAGUCAGAGUAUUCUCUGUUAUUCCAUCCAGUAGGGCGAUUUUUCUCCGUACCAUUUUUUAAACCUUUGUCGUCGCCAGUCUGGUUUCGUGUAAAGUCUGGCAGUGAACUCUGGAAUUCAACGAGGCGAACCUUGUCACAUAUUCUGUUGCCGGUAGGGUAUAUAGUCCUGUUGAUACACAUGUAACAAAAAGGGGGACUUCAUUAACGGUUUACUGCAAAGUAAACAAUUCCAGGUCUGCUUAAUAAAAAUUUGCUAUCGCGCAGUAGCAGUACCUUCGACGCCGCAGCGCAGUCAUCCGGCGAAUCGACUGCUCAGACGAACGCGGUAUUACAAAAUAUGUUGCCGACAAUCCAAUAAGGCUUUCUCGUCACCGUUGCCUUUUAGAUGAAGAUGUGGCAGGCUGAAUCCCACAGAUCUCUGUGAGCAUUCGAAACUUAUGUCGUAGGCUAGGCGUUUUUAAACCUUCCUAGGUGCCGGUCGAAGCAAGUGCAAGCAGGUACGUGAUUUGCUGACGGCCCGGUUUAUUCACAUCAUAUUUCUCAACAGUCUGGCAGCCCCGUGCCUAAACGGCAUCUUGAUUUUAUGCGACUGGCCUUACUGAAGGGACUGGGUUCGUAUUCAUUAACGGAAUUAUGAUUGGGCCAUCGGAUAAUUAUAUGACCCACUGACGUGUAGCCGUUCAACCACAAGCUGCCAAAUGGAUUCGUUCAAUCUCACCACAAUGCAUUACUAUGGCUCGGUUUCUUUAGAAUCUCGUAGAACCUGAUUGUUUCUGUACUUGUCUUUUUUAUUAUCGCCAUUACGAACCCGUCGCGAUCUGCUUAUUUAGGGCGCUAUCCGAUAUGGAGUUCCUUUCCUGCAGUGUUUGAAGCCAGUGAUAAACUCAGUGACUCAGUAAUAAACGCGAGAUCAGACCGCGAUUGGUCUUAGUUACGAUGUCCAGUCCUCUAUUUAAGGGUCGCUUUUACCCAUCUUGGCCAAUUAUUAAAUCUAUGCAGUUAUACAGCCGUUAGUUGCUUUGUUUGCGCUUCAUAUGUAAAUCCCUGAAUUUCAUAGUGCGGUUGCUAUGGCCAGUUAUUUGGUCAUCCACACUGCUGUCUCAGUGCCGUCCAUUAUGCCAUUGCGUCAUAAGUUUUUCACUCAAAUAUGCGCUGUCUGUGUCUCGUGUUGAGGAACUGCAUUAAUUCGAGUUGGCUUAAAUGGAUAAAUAUGGACGGACGCCACGAGCGUGGCAUCCAUGAUUUAAUUUAACUGCUUUACCAACAUUGACAUCCUAGCCCCACAAUGAUUCAAUGGGUGUAGAGAGAACGAGAUCGCAGCCGGUGAUCGGGGACCGAGCACCAAUGUGUAUAGUGAAUCUCACUGCAGCAGCAUUUGCCGUCGUCCUCAAGCGCCUCCAACUACCCGAUGUAAGGCCGUGAUACGACCAAGCGAGCCGAAUAUUUACAUUAAGGCAGAUUAAUUCUGGCAUGGUCAAUACAAGUUUGUCCGUCUCGUUAACUUCGCUGUAGCUUCCGUUCAUUGCGACGGUGCCGAUAAAAAGCGUCACUAUACUCAAGAUCACUUAAACGUCCCGACUUCAUGGGGACGGGUCCCUCGUUAACAUAGCUGCUAGCUACCUGGCGCGUCCACGCGUAGCAGUAGUGGAACAGCCUUCAGCGAAGGCCAGUUGUAAAACAUGCGGACUGUCAGAUCUGGUGAAUAAGCAGUCACGAACCGGCGGCCACAGUGCUACCAGGGCGUGGAAACCCGCAGCAUACCGUAUCACAAAGCCCGGCGAAGGCACCGUGACAUGGUGGUCGUGCGUCGCCGUUUAACAGAUCUGCUUGUCACCGCCGUGUCGCAGCUAGGUUUUAAGCCGAAGUGCCAGAGGAGAUCUCGAUCAAACCAUCCGAGCGGCUGUUGGGGACCCGCUUGUGCUCAAAAUUACCAAAAAACAUCGUUAAAAUCCCCGGGGCUGACUAGAUCAGGUAUGGUCACAACUGCACUAAGUAAAAGUAAGAACGCACCCGAUUUAUUGCCCAAAAACGCCCCUCCAAACCUUCUGGUGCUCUGUCCGGUGUUUGACAGGGAUUCGUCCUGUCGUUCAGUCCAUUCAACCUCGCUGUUGACUAUAUCCCCGAAAAAACGGGUUUGGCCAUGUAAUUUUCACCAGAUCUUCGGUUAAUCUCGCUUUUUCCAGCGGUCGCUGUGCUAAUGUAGAGCGCUCAUGACCUGCGAGAUUAAAAGGUCGGUUGGUUGGUUUGCCCAUAAAUGUUGCAAGAAAACAAGCUGCAUCUCCGACCAGCAGGAGACACUCAUCGUGAUUAGUUUCUAUUAUUUUGAAGAAACGGGUUGUUUCCAACAUCGGGAAAUGUCAAACAGCCAAGGUGGUGCCCACGCCGUCGGCUGAGUCGACGCUUCUUUAUUUUUUGCGAUGUUGAUGUCAACAAAAUUCACCCGUACACGGCACCGGUUUGCUUAGUCGUUUGCAAUUUUCAUUGGCAGCUUGUCCAGGUAGUAGACGGGCGGAAGUCAAAUACUUUUGACCAUCGUUGUCAAAAUAACCCUUCGGUUAAAGUAAGCAAAGUCCGCCAUAAAAGGGACUCCGCACUGGCCACGACACUCUAGCGAGGAUAUCUCAGGUUAUCCUAUAAAAACAAAUGGGGUACCUUAGGCGCAUCUUUUAUCCUCCGCACAAUUAGUCCAGCGAUGCUACGAAAGAUGCUUUGGUCACCUCGCUGGCUAAGGAAAACCAGAGGAGGUCCACACCAAACAAGGUUUAACGUAGUCUGGUGAAAUAUAGAAAUGCUUCUUAGACCUGCGACACUCGGUCUUCGCUGCCGAACUAGACUUCUUAUCGGAAUCAACAGACUCGCUGCCAGCUAUCGCCUCACGUCUGGGGAAUGUUGUUGUAGCCGGUUAGGCCGGGUGCUAUCGCAGCUGUGCCAGGCACAAUUACAAAAAGGAGACCUGUUUGACCAACCAAAGUUUGAUUGUGUCAAUCCUUGCAUACCUAUCACGUCCUUUUUGGUUUAUAACCCCAAUACCCCGGGGAAAAAACGCCACCCAGAUUGUUUGACACUUGUUUUCAAGGCCUUAAAAAGCCACCUUCUACAUCUGUCGCAUAUAACUUCGAGGUACAAUAUUUCGAAGAAUGGCCGUUUCUCAGAUACUUUCUGUAACUGAGCAUUUGCCGAAAAGUUCUCGCCUUUCAUGUUGCGUUUCCAUUUAUGAUGAAAUGCAACCGUCCUCGCUUUCGGGUGGUUAAUUUUAUGCUCAUAUUGACCGCCUUGCACCUAUCUAGACACGAAAAGCUCGCUAAUACACGUACCACAACCUUCUGCAACACCGGAAUGGUCUGUCAACGCGUGCUCAAUAACCCAGUUUAUCGCGUAGUUCAGGUUUCCAUAUGUAUUUUGAGGAAGUUGAUAAGGGACAUAGCCCUGACUGACGUCGAAGAUGCCAUCAUAAAAAACUAGAGCGCUUCAAUGGUGCCUGAACUUCCGACAAUAUGUAGAGAGGUGGAUGCACCGUAACGCCUAUUAAAGCCUGUUUUUUUAUUCAACCCUUUGUGCUUCUAUUUACAAUUUGUCACACUGUUAUUAAGUCGAAAGCAGAAGGCUCUCCUCCAAGACCGCCUCCUUAGGGGGAAGAUUGUCGAUCUCAAAUAUCCUCCUGCCACGAAAACAGCCGCCCACUUGUUCCGCUUAUCGCCGCCAUACUUGCGACAAAAAGUUCUGAUUUAUGGCGCCGAGCAGUAAUCAGAACCAUGGCCUGUGUUGUCACUCUUGCUUGACGCGACUUUGUGAACUCGUGUUCAAACCCACGUACGUGUGCGUGUUUUUGUUGCACUGCCGUCAAAGUGCUGCCUUCCUCCGUACCUCGCCCCGACGGUUGAUGCUGCAGCAGUAGCACGCGCGCGCUCGCGCACGGUUCUUGUUAUGCGCGCUGACUUCUUCUGCCACUUCCCACUGGGCGUGCAGGCGCGCGUGUGCACGUGCGCACAUCCCAGUGCCCGAACAGGCAACAGCCAUCGACCGUCGUCCCGGCCGCGGUGGAGUGCGCCUUGAGCGUGCACGCAUUCGCGUGCUCGCGUUCAGUACGCGACUGCAGGCACGUGGAGGGCUCUGUCUGAUGGUGGUGGUGGCGACGGCGGUAGUAGUAGUACUAAGAAGUCAGGGCGGCGGACGGGCGCGUGCGAAGAGGGGUACUGGCCGACAUGUGCUCCGUGCGUACGUGCCCUCCUGCGUGCGUGGGUGGUGUUUACGCCUCAGCGCCCACCGCCAAAGUUGGACCACUGACACAGCCUUGUCUGUCAACCUUCACUCACUGCUCCUCCCGGCCACUAAUAAUGGCGACGACUUGUCGGCUACGAUGGAUAGUGUCAUACCUGGUCGAGCAGCUGUGCGUAAAGCUGCUGGGCUCCGCGGUCCUGUGCGUGACAGUGACGUUUUCGGCGCACGGGCACUGAGCUGACCUUAUUUAUCAAAGCUUUUCAAACUAUUCCUUGGUGGUGGAGAUCCAGAAUGCCUUCCAGUCAUAUGACGAUCCCGUUUGAGUUGUUGGAGCUUUUUGCUGGACGAGGAUCUCAAAGUACGUGCUGCUGAGGUUUUCACAUACAUCUUAAGGAGUCCUCGGGCAGUCCAGGAGCCAUUGUACGUAUUUAUUUGGAGUGGGUGCUCUUCCCAUUUCUUCAUAUCUAUUUAAUCGUAUUACUCGUAAGGGCUGCUAGAUGACUAACCCUCUCCUCACUGUUCGUAGUGGGUUUGUACACCAUACCGGAACGUGAAGGCAGUAAAUUCGGCCAAACAAGUCUUAAUGCUUCCUCUGCUACGCAUUCUGGACUGCUGGUUCUCCUGGGAUUGCUCAUGUUUAAUGUGGUUUGCCGGCCUUACUUUCCACGAGAUGCCAUGAGAUUGCUUGUUAGAGGCAUCGAUAGCAAGAGCCUAUGGUUGACAUGUUGCAGUGUCUUCAUAGGGCUUUUUGGUAUUUUACAAUAGAGUCGGCGCUCCUGGCCCCAGCCCCCCUAACCCUGGUAGCGCUGUCACCCAUUAGUACGCCAUUGCUUAUACGCAGACGUGAGCCUGUGUAUUUCAUAGAUACGUUAGGGGCAAACCAGUCCAUCUGGCAUAGGAAUUGCGCACCGUGCGGCUGUUCACGGUGCUAGUUCCUGGUACCAGGGGUUUAGUUUCCACCCAUGACCCUGUCCGUGGAAACUAGCCUCGCCGGUCUCUUCAACCCUAUUGGUGUUUAGUCAGGCGUCCGCGACGGUUACGGAGGAGUUGGGAUCCUGAAUAACGUCGCAUUUUGACUAACAUUGUGCGCGAUCAAAGCAUUUGGGCUGCCGACACUUGACCUCUUCCUAGACUGGGGAUGUUCCUGGCCGUCUGCAAUGCCCUGCAUUGGAGAUUUGUCUGUAAGAAGGGAUCGCUGUGCCUUCCUGCCGCACUUAGCCGCCGCCGACCAAGGGUGCUUGGUAUGGGGGUUUCGAGUUUUUCAAAAUGGGACACAUUAGCUUUGCAAUAGGAGACAGAAUAAGAGAGCCGGGGCUUAAACUAGGAGCAAAUUGGCUAUUUCCAUGCUGAUCUCCUUAACGUCGAAGUUCUUUUUUUUCAUCCGAUUCGCAUGCUUUCCUCUUGCCCAGGGUGAACUUAACCAGUCAGUACCUCAUAUUGGGAGGCAUUCGAGCAUAUGUGCUAUGGAGUCAUUCCAAUGAGCUGUCUGACAUUUGGCUACUCAGCAAUUAUAUUUUUGCGGUUGGCAGUUGUUUCAAAUGCAUUGCGGAAAGUGGGGAUCUGUCAUGGCCGGGAGAAAACAGGUUAGUAGACGGGGUCGAACCGCUAGCACCACGCAGUUUGACGGCGUGACCAUUACUCAGCGGCAGAGCACCCGGUGCGAAGUUGAGAAAUCGACCACUGUACCCUGCCUGACGACGCGAGUUUUCCGCCGUGCGGGCUACCUACUUUCCCUAUUCCGCCAAAAAGUAAUUUCCGUCAAAGCGCUAAUUUCUUUUACCCAUAACCGACCAGUUUUCCGCGUAGUUCUAGUUCAUAUUUUCCUUUCCUUUUUGUAAUGACCGUAGGUGAACAUCAUGUGUUUAUUGCCGAUCCUUGCAAUGAAAGUAGUCAGACACGGGCGUUCUGUGCUGGAUCGCAAAGCCGGCUGAGACUUACGUGGGCCGUCUUAACCUCACUUCGCGAUACUUGGUUGCGAAGUGAUGGUUGCAUGUUAACGAAGCCGUACUAAUCAUGCCUGUUUGACACCACCCCUUGUCCAAAUCUUAGUUUAUUUUAUCAUGUUACGUCUACCCGACGUGGAGCCUUGGUACUUAUAUGCAGUUGUCCUGUGGCCGAAGAUUACUCAUUCCCCUCGAAAGUCUGCAAUAGGAAGCAAACCAACUUUACUGUCUGGCAUCCGUCUUGUUAUUCAUUCAUUAAUUUUGCAGCAUGCUGGAAGCUACUACUUAAAUUCAUCAAACCCGUCACUGUGUGGAAAUUUUAGCUUGGUAGGUCAGUUUCCAGUACUUUAUCUCCCCACCCCGUCCCUUGCACCAGUUUUACUGAGAAUGCGCUCGUCUGUCCACGCCGUUCCCCAACACUUCACAAAGUCUCCUACGAAAUAUUUUACAUCGGUCAGACGAGUAUUUAAAUUUACUUUACUCCGCCCACCUCUCCAGUGAUCUGCACUCGCUUAUCCCUGGAUUGCCUCUUCACGCUCUCUCGAAAUGUAGUUAGAGCCGCACACUUGCCGCCUGGUCCGGUUCAUAGUCCCGAUGACCAUCAUCUUUCUUGACGUCUAGCCAAAUGUUUGCCACGGAAUUAGCCCAUGCGACAACUGUGGAAAAUAAGACGGCUUAUAAAUGCCGUUAUAAUUGCUGACUUAAUCCCUCCAGCUGGUGAUGUCACGUCUGUUAGCAAAAAUGCUCCUACUCCACUAAUCUCUUAUCAGUCAAAACUAGGGUGUCCAUAUUGACAGGGUUCAGUGAAAGCCAAAAAUAAUCGCAAGGUGUACUGUCGGAUUUCCUGUUUUUAGCCCACAUUUCUCCUUACACACGGGAAUCUUUUCCAAAGCGACAGAUGCAGCAACUGUCUGGACUUCUAGUCUGAGUCGUGGCAAGUGUCGGAAGUCAGCAGGAUUCGGUGAAGCGUCCACUUAAGGCACACCGAGCCGGGAUAGGCAGCCCCUAAAUGACAAUGUUAGUCUUCGUAAGUCCGGUCCCAGCACUGACAAGCUAAAGGAGUAGGCACUUGGCACGUAAAGUAGAAGUUUUGACCUAGUUUUGGAAAUGUUUCUGUCCACACAUUAACUGGGCCCGCCUCCAAUCACCACACAAGAGGGCACGACUUACUCUCCGUUAUUCCUCCAACAAUAUCGUCGCCGCUUGGCGUGGAAAAAGAUGAUUUGGAGUGCGGCGAGAGCGAUGUAAAAGGAUUUGUCGAUCUCGUAUUACUACAUCACUCGACGGCUGUCAUUAUGUGAUUUCUUUUGGGGGUUAGAUGGCAACUGGAAAGUGGCGAGUUGGGGUUUUACCUAGGAAGGUUGCAACGAAUAUAAACCGUUAUCUGCGUGAACGUUAUCUACACUAGUACUAGUCAUAGCAGCAUGGUAAGGCUAAGGAGACUUAGGAUAAUAUUAGUGACUUCGAAAUACGCCCUGUAGAAUGUGCACGACUGCAUAUGAAGUGCACGCUGUUAUAUAGGGGAUGCAUUUUCUGAUCCCGCCAAGUCACCGGUCUCGAGAGCCUGCAAGCGAAGCAGAUAAACCUCGUGUGUCCACACCAAUUCAGUCUAAGUAAGGUCAUCAAAGCCGGGAAGACCAUACUGAGUAAAUACAUAGUCUGUUGCGUUUCUUCCUAGACUCUCAUAUUCCAUCAUCUCAUCAUACUUAUCUUAUAGCUAACGUACCGGAAUUAAAACCAGAAGCAGGACAACAGUCAAUGAGCUGGAAUCAAUCAAGCCUAUAAGUUAGCGUGACAUCCUCUCCGGCCAACGAACUGAUGGCCAAAUGUGUCGACAAAUACUUUGUGGAGGUGUGCAUUUAACGGAUUUUGGGCGUCCUCUAUCGUGAAGGCAGUACGGAUUAACGAGUUGCUGUUGUUUCAUCAAUGUCACCAGGCUGGGCAUGUGGACAUCGUCAUUUCUACAAGCACUAACAGGUGUUUCAACCAUCUGCUGAACUGUUGUCACCCCUGCCCGGUGGUGGGUGGGUGUUCAGGGAACACUAUCUUCGAGCGAGGGUGUGGGUGCCUUCUGUUGGCAGUUACCCAUAUCUUUUUCUGUGGAAGUAAGCAGGGGGACAGAUGCGGCUUCGUUACUAUAUACUAAGCGCAUAUUGGGGUUUGCGCUGGAGCAAGCCAACCUCAACGAAUAGGUGGUAUUUAGACUGUCGAACGUUCUCCAGCACAAUUUGUAGCUUUUAACUGAGGCGCUCAGUACCGGUCUGCGAUGCCCGCCUUAAGGAGUUGCUGCGGACUCGUUGUUUUCUCUCUGAUCGUGCGCAAACCAAAUUCAGAACCGUUCGACCUCAUUAUCCCAGCCCAAGUAGACGUUAUGUCAUGCAGAAACUGCAAUAUAUCAAGUUUUUUAUUGUGUCUCUUGGAUAACUGGGCCCUGAAAGCGGAUUGAGCAUGCACAGUUGUUAAGUGCUUGUAGCUUUCUUGACUCCUCAAAAUCUGAUCGCUACCGGAGUGGAGAUUUAUAAGCUCAGUCCGAUAGUUAGUAUGAAUAUUUGUGCCGAAAUCCAUCAACUACAGCGGGAUAACCUCUUAAUAUUCAUAAACUAUCAAAAGUCAGCCCGUAGUAUAUGCGUGAUAUGCCGUACCGACAGAAAAGCUGCAAGCUAGUACCUAUGCUGCCAGUACGGUAAAUCAUACACGGGGUUUUUUUGUCGGGCUUGUAUCAUUUUCGAUGGUUGCAAGUACUUUCUGGGAAUAUAGUGCACCAUGUCCCGUGAAAACUUUGGGCGGACCCGCUUAGCCCUUGUAAGUAGUUCAACCUCUCCAGGAAACCUUCCAUUUGGAACCACACGAAUUUUUCAUUAGCUUGUGCGCUUAUUGUGCGCAGGUGGAAAAAGUGCGGACAUACAAGUUGUGGUUCUUUCUCCACCAAUAAUCAUGUUUAUCGACUUUAGCGCUUUUCUGUCCUCUGGUUCUCUGAUAUAAAACAACUGCCCAACAGUCGUUUAUAUAUUUUGGAAUCAGAACUUUUCGACGUCGAAGAUCGGCCUCCGAUAGUCUGCUGCGUUAAUUUCGGACUUGCGUGCCUGGUCGACCAGUCAUUCACUGUUUGGAGCAUGCAUUGGAUCGACUAUUUCCCCUGUUCGAAUUAAAUUAUCAAGUCUGAUUUAUCCUCGCGAGUAUUUGAACACGAAGGAGGUCUACAAAACAAAACUCGAAGACUAGAAAGAGCAGAAAACAGGUCAGAGAAUUUCGGAACCCCUGAUAGCUCAUUUCGAACGUGCAAAAUCGAAAUAUGCGGGAGUAAUGUACCGGAGAUUUCACGUCAGAAAUGCUAAGCCGGCUUCUUUGAGCUAUUGUUCGAUAUAAUAAGCAAAGGGAGACCACUUAGCCGAAUCAUACUUAACUAUUAUUUUUUUGGUUUAAAUGGGAUAUGAUCUCAAGUGGUCGCCCGCGUAGUCUUUGCCAGAAAACCCAAUAUUUUGUCCUAUCAACCUUAGCCAACUGGAAAGAGAGCUCGCAAGCCCAAAUUACUUCAUAGUGCCUCGGGUGUCAUUUGCGUGUGAGCAACCAUCCUACAAGGUCUGGUAGUCCGAGGAGCUAUAUCUCCUGGUGUCAUCGCCAUCCGUAUCGCCUCAGCUACACAAGGCCAGAAUUAUCAGAACCUGGUAAUUGUUCAUGUGCGUUUUGCUGGUCUGCGAAUCACACGUUGGCUGGUCAUGCUAGUUUUCACAUCGACCGUCUAGAUGUCACCUGGCGGUAAGGUCCUCCUCGGAUGUAAUCUGGGUGGUGUGUGUUCUGAUUCGGCAGACCUCUGAUAUUUCUCCUCCUCUUUACUCCUACGCAGCAGGCACAGGCCGCGGCAGCUGCAGCCGCCGUCGCUGCUCAGCAACAGCAACAAGUUCAGCAGCAGCAGCAACAACAACAACAGGCCCAACAGCAGCAACAAGCUCAACAAGCCCAGCAGCAACAAGGCCAUACCCUCAUGUACGCAGCCACCUCGUCCGCGCAUGGGGCGGCUUCUCCCGCCUUCUCCUCGGCGGUGCCUACUGUGGUGGGCGCAACCAGCCCCGCUACCUCCGUGAGUCCCAAUCAGCAGCAGCAGCAGCAGACCCAGACUGCCGCCGCCGCUGCUGCUGCUGCGGCUGCCGCGCAACAGCAACAGGCGCUUGCUGCUGCAGCACAACAGCAGUUGCACCAACUCUCCGCGGCCUACGUAGCGGCCCACCAACUCCCCGGUAAGCCCACUAACCUGGUUGCUCUCUGCACGCCUUACCCCUCAUACAAACUGCUUACUCCGCGCGUGACGAGGGAGGGGCGGGCUGAAGGAACAUCUCAUGUUGGUCCCUUUGACUCUGCCAUCUGUCUGCGACAUGCUUCUCAAUUACCCCUAGCCUUUGAAGACACCUGCCCCGAGGUAAUCGAACUCCACUCCGGCCAGAACAGUCAUUUUCGACUUUCUUGUUCCUGGCGAAAGGGGAUGCGGUCUCAGUGUUGAGGAAACUAGAACAGGAAAAACUGCCCCCGGUUCCGCUGUGUUCUCUGGUCACUCGCCAUUCAGGAGUCGGCAAUACUUGAAAUUUUUCUGCGCCCCAGUAGUUUGUUGCCUGCCUCACAGCAGUAGUGACUUCCUUAUAUGGCCUGCUUUUAAGAACCGUCUUCGGUGAAAAAUCGAGACCUCGCCUAAAGUCUGGCGCAUGCGAGUAUAGGAACAAGUAAGUGGGUGACGCGGGAUUAGCCCCGUCAACCACUAUGCUCACAGUCAUCUUUUCUCAUUUCAGCUUUUUUCUGUCAUCGAAAAAUAGUUGGGAUGUUGGGAGAGGAGUGUAUUCUGCAGGUGUUUUACCCUAGACGCGCAAGCCACCACUAGGCUCUGUUUGGUAUAGUGUUGAUCCUCGUUGCUUGCGGCAGACUCGCUUACUAUUACUAUUAUUACUACUAUUAUUAUUAGUAGUAUGGUUAAUCUUGUUCUUAUAUGGCACUUAGUGAAUGCUGUGCGGAGGUCGACAGAUGCACCCCGUGCCUUAAUUGUCCAGUGUCGUGCCCCUUCGUCUAUCCCUAGUUGAGCUCAACUAUUCCACUUGUUUUUCGAAGAAGUUUGUCCAACCCCGCCUCUAAAUUGUUCACUUUUUCGUUGUCACGCAGGAAUGAUGCAAACCUUCUCCCCUGCUCAGCAACAGCAGCAGCAGCAACAACAACAACAAGCAGCCCAGCAACGCUGGAACAAUACUUCAAAUGCAGCUGCCUACCAGGCUGCAGCUUCAGCCGAACAACAGCGCCAGCAGUUUGACUCGGCAGCUCUCUUACAUCAUCAGCAACAGCAGCAGCAACAACAACAACAACAGCAACAGCAGCAGUAUCUGCAACAGCAACAACAAGCCUCUCAGCAGAAUGCUGCCGCGACCGCUGCUGUCGUCUCCGACCACCUGGCGAGGUAUGCGGCCUACCAGCAGCAGUACGUCAAAAAGAUGCAAGAGUAA